CCAAGACCGCUCCAAGAUAGCCGAAGAGGCCUCCAAGAGGGCCCCAAGACGACCCCACGAGGGGGUCCGUAGCCAUUUUGGCUCAAGCCAUGAAGGCCUAAUAAUGUUGGACACUUUCUCGUACUCCUUCAUGUUUCCUCGCACGAGUUGUUGGCGUCCUAACACGGACUCAUCAAUCGACCUUGCGCGCGCAUUGUGGCGCGAUCGGAAGACAUAUUGUCGAAAGCUAUAAGUUAGUCAAAUUGUUGUGACAUGUCAAUAUCAUUUGCCAUGUAUUCGAUGAUUAAUGUAUCAAUCCUAUUGCUAUCUCUCGCAUGUACGGUGAACUCAUUGAAACCUGCAACGAAGUAUUCGAAGCAGGCUAUUGAUGUGAAAGGUGCUCCAUCGCAAAAUGUGGUAAAUGCAUCUUCGUUCCCGGUGCUGAUGUCGUACCAUUAUUCUUCCCGAGAUUCUGAAGCUAUAUUCAUCAUGUCAACGUGCACCUUAAAUUAUCGAUGGGAUGGUGUUGCACUCAGCAAGGCUCAAAAAUCAAUCGUCGCGUUUGAAGUAGUGGACGGUGCUCAAGUUGUGAAAUCGAGUUAUGUGGAGCCUGCCGUGACUAUCAACUGGCAAACAAAUCAACGACAAAUGCCUGAAGCUUGUCAAGUCAAACGGUGGGAUGAGGUGCUUUUCGUAGUGAUAUGCCCCAAAUUGGGGCGCGAAGUUACCGCGACAUUGUCCAUGCACGCUGGAUCCGAGCGCGUUGAAAUCUGGGAAGGCGUACAUGUUAGCAUCGACCGCGAUGCGGUUCCAACAAGGCAGGUGCAAGUAUGUAGCAUGGACGGCAAACCUGGGGAUGAGAAUGUCGACAGAAUGUUGAACCACGCUGCGUACUACAGUGCCAUUGGCGUUGAUGCUGUUCGCCUGUAUUAUCGCGGGGGGUGGGGUGCGCCUGGGUUUUCAGAUGAAUUGGGCUCCGAGGAGCUCGCCGCGUGGAUACAGUCAGGGAAGCUUGAGAUAGUACCUUGGAAUCCAUCCUGGGACAUGACUCCCAGCAAUGAUGCAUGGAAGGCUCCUGAGCCUGCCGGCUGGGAAUGCGCAGGUGACGGGCCAGCAUAUCUAGAUUGCUUGUAUAUGGCCAAGGGCAGCGUUGAUUGGCUCGGAGUUGUACAACAAGACGAGUUUUACCAUCCUCAGAAACAGAAGCACUUGCGGAAAAUAUUGGCAUCCAUUCCGCCUGACAUCGAUUAUUUGGUGUACACGUUGUACGAGUGGAAUGCAACCCGUCCGGGGAAGGUGUCUAAUUAUCUGACAGAAGAGCACGUUCUGCGAAGUCCAUAUAUUGGAGCUGACGGCGGGACAGCGUGGGGGGUUCUUGUCCGCCCUCGUUCGGCAGUUCAUCUCGGUGCUCAAGGUGCAGUUCUUUCCAGUGACGAGGCGCUUGGUCGAUACCUGGACCCUGAAGGAGAACUUGUUAUGGAGCAUUUCACUAAGCAUCCAAACGUGAGGUUUUCACGAGACAUCCGUGUGAACACCACUGCAGUCAAUGUCAGAUCAUUGGACGACCAAGCACAGACCCUUUCAGAGACCGAAUUAGACGAGUCACAUUUUCUCGAAUAUCAGCCCUACACAGUGUGGAAGGAGGAGUGGGCAGUUAAAGUGGCAGCUGUCCGAAAACACAUAAGACACAUGUACAUGUGACUCCUCCUCCUCCUCCUCUCGGGCUGUUUAGUUCAGUCCGCGCUGGCGCCGAUUGUCUGUCGCGGCGAAUCCCUGCAGGAACCAUGAGUGUCCUUGCCAGCCCACGUCUUUUUGCUUGUCUGCUUGCUUGUACAUGUGAGUCAUCGUGGCAGGAUUCGCAGCCGCUUCUGGG